CUGAAAUCAUUUCAGUUGCUAAACAAUCGCGGAACGCAUCGAAUCGGAAGUGAAUUCAGAUAUCUCAGCUAAGCUAUGCAUAAUACACAUAUAUUGCUUUUGUUACUGGGCCUAACAAUUGGUGGGAUCUGGGUGAAAGCUGAGAACGCGAAACCCAUUACAGAACAGUGUCUGGUUUGUAUGUGUGAGGCCUUGAGUGGCUGCAACGCCACGGCCGUGUGUGUGAAUGGGGCAUGUGGCAUCUUCAGGCUCACCUGGGAUCAGUGGGUGGAUUCAGGAAGAUUGACCAUACCAGGCGACUCACCUUUAACAGAUAGUUCUUUUACCAACUGUGCGAAUGAUCCUUACUGUGCAGCUGAUACUUUGCAGAGUUAUAUGGUGAAAUACGGGCAGGAUUGUAACGAUGAUGAGACGGAGGACUGCUACGAUUAUGGAGCCAUCCAUUAUAUGGGUCCUUUUAACUGCAAAGCCGAAAUGCCCUUUACCUACGAGGAUACCUUUAAACGCUGCUUGAGUAGCGCUAUCCGGGCUGCGAAGCGUCAGAAAUCCGGCUAAUCUUCGAUUGCAUUCUAACUAGUGUUUAGUAACUAACUUAUGAGGAAGAGCCCGCGUAAUUUAUGUGCGAAGAUUGCAUAGCUAAUGUAGGCGUUAAUUUUGAUUAAUAAACAAGCGGCUGGCAGCCAACUGAAA